AUGCAAAGUUUUAAUAAUAAUAAAUGCGAAGAUGCAACUCAUUAUACAUGCGAGCAAUUGAAGGGAUAUUACACAACAAAGAAAGCCUGCACUCUAUGUAAGGGUGCUAGUACUUAAUAUGACAUUAAUAAUCAUAUUUGCUAUUAUCUUCUGACGAGAAGUGUUUCAAAAUGCAACCUAUUAAACAAAUAGGCAUGUUUAUAAAUGACAAAAGGGAUAAAAUGUAAAUGGGAAGAUUAUGAAUGUAAAUAAAUAGAUAGAAUAACCGGAUCUGAUAGUAGAGAUUGUUCAAUUUAUAAUUAAGAUGCUUGUAUAUAAUUCUAGUAAGAUUGUUGGUUUGAUUAGAAUAUUGGUUAUUGUACAUAGUUUGAUCCAACUUAAGGUUCUUGUAAUUUAUUAUUAAAUGAAGAUCUUUGCUUAUUUUCAUUAAAGGAAUCUUGUUUAUGGGAUUCAAUUAAUUUAAAGUGUAUGAAGAAUGAUAAUCAAAUUACAUAAUGUUCAGAAUUUAAAUAAAUUUGGAUGUUUAAAUUAAUCAAUCAUGUCAUGUGUAUGGUCAGAUCUUUAUAAAUGUUAAUGGGCUAUAUUAAAUGA